AUGGCUUCAACCUGUAGUUCGGAAAGUUCAAAAUCGUUGGAAAGUGUUGUUAGUGAUAAUAGAAAGAAAGGAUUGUGGAAUUCUCUGGUUCAAAAUGUUAAAGAAUUUUGUAAAAAUACCACAUUGCAUGGCUUGAAUUACUUGGUCAAUGAAGAUUUAUAUCCAUUGGAGAGAAUUUACUUUGUCUUGUCCUUUAUAUCGGUCGUUGUUAUUGCGGGAAUAUUUAUUAGUGAGGUAUACAGCAAAUGGAAUACCACACCGGUUAUCAUCAGUAUCAACCCGAAACCAACAUAUAUUACCAAUGAACCAUUUCCAGCCCUGACAAUAUGCAAUAUGAAUAAGGCGUACAAGGCGAAGAUACAACAUUUUCAAAAAGAUUCUGUGGAAUAUGCCUUGAUACAAAUGUUGUGCAAACGGCGAGUGAACGUAACGGUGGCCAAUACCAUAGACGAUUGGAGUAGUCUAAAUGAAUUUAUUUCGGAUAUAUCACAGCCAUGUGAGAAAAUGAUAAUUUCUUGUUGGUUUGGCGGUGUUAAAUACGAUUGUCUGCGUAUAUUCCACCCCAUUGUAACCGAUGAGGGGUUGUGCUGUGCUUUUAAUUUGGUGCAUCCGAAAUUUUUAUAUGCCGAAGGCACACAAUCUCUCAUCAAGGAAACCUAUAGCAAUCACAGUGACAUGGAUGAAGCGAUUAGUUGGAAUCCGGAAUCUGGCUACCCCAAGAAAUUACCAAAACAUUUUUAUCCUCGAACUGCUGCCGGUACUGGAGAAUCAUUGGGCCUCACCGUGAUACUUAAUGCCGAAGUGGAUCAAUAUAAUUGUUCGUCAACGAAUAGUGUUGGCUUCAAAAUGGCCAUGCACAACCCCAACGAGAGAGCCAAUGUCCGUGAAGUUGGUCUACUGCUGGCAGCAGGAUAUGAAACAAAGGCUCGUGUGCGUAUGGAGAAAUUGGAGGCUGAUCAAAAACUACAUUCUGUCGAUUUGAAAUAUCGACAAUGUGAAUUUCAAGAUGAACACAAGUUAAACUAUUUUGCAACAUAUACUGAAUCGAAUUGUGAGGCGGAGUGUAUUGCCAAAACGAUGAUGCGCCAUUGUCGUUGUUUACCGCACUAUAUGCCGAAGCGAUAUGAAAAUGAAACCGUGUGUAGUAUUUAUGACAGUCGAUGUGUUGAGCGGAUUCGUCUGCACUCGAUGAUAAAUGACGAUAAUGACAAUGAAAUUGAAUGUGAUGAGGUGUGCCUGCCCAGUUGCUAUGAUUUGAAAUUUUAUGCAGAAUUUUUUUCCACACCAUUGGAACAUGGGGUUUUUGUCAGCAAUAAUCCCUCACUGCGAGAUAUGUCGGAGGAAUAUGUCGAAAAGAAUAUUGCCAUCUUGAACAUGUACUAUAAGGACAAUUCAUUUCAUAGUAAUAAACAAACGGAAUUUAUUGGCAUGACAGAUUUUAUGUCCAGUAUUGGUGGCCUCAUUGGUUUAUUUUUUGGUUUUAGUUUCAUAUCUCUGGCGGAAAUAAUAUUUUAUACACUCAUUCGUCCUUGCCGUAAAGUUCGUAGGAAAAAAUCGAAAAUAAUAUCGAUAAAGCAGGCCAGAAAAAUAAAUGUCAGCAAAUAUAGCCCGAAAGGAAUGAAAGUUCGUCGCAAUUAUUUAUCUCCGUUCAUUGUAAAUCCUUAUGGUCGCAGAAUUUCCCAAAACAUAAACUAUUAUCCAGCUAAUAUGAAUGCAGAUUUAUUAGAAAUUAACGAUAUGGAUAUACCUACAAUUUAUAAACCACAAUAUAAAGGGCGCAGAAGUUUAAUUUAUUAA